AUGCGGCCUCCAGUCCCGACAACAACGGCGCUCUCACUACGCUAUGCAGGUGUGGCCUACCUUGCAGGAUCGGUCCUCUUCACGGUAUACUACUUUGCGAGCCAGUACCGGAAUUUACAGCCCGUUCCUGUCGUCAAACCCAAGGUCAUGACCGAACCUGGCAUGGGCACUUUUGAUGUCGAGAAUAUCAUCUACUCCCAGCAGGUCAUGAACUGGCAGACACCGAGAGGGUUCCCAGAGCACGGGACCGAAGAGGACGCAGUGUUGAGCAAGAUCUUCUCCAGCACCAUGCAGCCCUCAAAAGUCCUCCCUUACUACUUCAAAGCCAUCCGCCAAUUCGACCCCGAUUCCGUCACCAUCACCACCUUGAUCACCUUUGACCGGUACCCGAUCUUUUCUAAACUCGUCACCAACUACCAAGGUCCCGUUUCUGUCUCGAUUCAUAUCAACGAUGAUGAAAUGAGGGAUGAGAAUCUGUCGACGUUGCAAGAUAUGUAUAACUCGAAUCCGUAUAUGCGCGAGUUUGUGGAUGUCCAUGUGAUUGUGGACAAGUUUGAUCGACAGUUUAAUAUGUGGCGCAAUGUCGCAAGGUUCUUUGCGCGGUCUAAUUACUUUAUGAUGCUCGAUGUCGACUUCCACAUCUGCACAAACCUACAACGCCAUCUGUCCCUCGACGCCCGAGCGCGAGAAGUCAUGCGAGCCGGAAACGCCGUCAUCCUCCCGGCAUUCGAAUACGUCGAACAAGAAGAAGGCGUCGAUUCAACCACCUUCCCCAAAAACAAACAAUUCCUCCGCCAACUCUUUGACCAAAAACGCAUCACCACCUUUCACGACUUUUUUCCGAAGGGUCAUAACGCGACGGAUUAUGAGACUUGGUUCUCGACGGACGAGGUGUACAAGGUCACGGCGUAUCAGCAUUCUUAUGAACCCUAUGUGGUCCUGCGUAAGGAGGGGACUCCUUGGUGCGAUGAGCGGUUCAUUGGUUAUGGCGCCAACAAAGCUGCCUGCCUAUUCGAGAUCUACAUCUCAGGAAUCGACUACUACGUCCUCCCCCAAGACUUUGUCAUCCACCAAUCCCACCCCUACAAGGAAGAAACCCGUAAACAGGAACGCAAAUACAACCGCAAGUUGUACCAGAACUUUCAAGAAGAAGCUUGCUUUCGCUACUCGAGGGGGUUUAUGAGGGCCCAAGUGUGGGAUACGGACAAGGCUAGGAAUCUAAAGGAGCAGUGUGGAAAGAUUAGAGGGUACAGUCAGGUUAUGGAGUUGUUUGUCGAGGAUAUCCACGUGGAGGAGGAGAUGAGGAAGGAGCGUUCGUCGGAAAGGGAGAAGGGACACAACUCGCACAAGGUUGUUUAA